AUGGAUUUAAUUGCUAUGAAACAUUUUUCUAUAAGGACAUUCGGAAAAGAUGCACCAGUAUUACUGAGACGAAAGCGGCUUACUUCAAAUGGCGAAGUGCUUGAGACUCAAGAUUUUGCGGACAGUGUUGUCAUUGGACAUAAUAUUUUUCGAUGCGUUUUAAAUAGCGAUGAAAAUGCUUUGAAAACUUAUUUAAAAUCUGGGAAGAACCCUAAUAUCCGAACUAAACACGGAAACUCCCUUCUUCACUUGGCAGUAGAGGCAGGGGACACGGAUAUUGUGGAGAUGCUUUUAUGCGAUGAUCGAUGUCUAAUUGAUACCAUCAACGAUCUGGGACAAACCCCACUAAUGUAUGCCAUAACACUCAACGACUUAGACUUGGUUAAGCGUUUAAUUAAAACAGGUGCUGAUGUAGAAGUUCGGGACAGAACGGGUAAAACAUCCCUCUUAAUCGCUCUACAAGACUGCAACUACGACAUAGCUGACUACUUGAUCAAAAAUGGAAGCGACGUCAAUGUUACAGAUGCACUAGGACACAGUGCAAUGUUCAUUCUGAUCAACACAUUAGACAAGGGAUGUUUACGAAUGGCGUCGAAACUAUUGAAAGCUGACUACAGUUUGGAUAAAGACAAAGAAUGGUUGAAGGAGGAAGGCCUAGACAUUGAAAUAAGCAAGACCCACAACUGUAUUAGCCGUGUCCUGCGCAAAGUCACGUGUGGCGUAAACCUGGCAGAGAGCAGCAAAUCAACGUUGUCUUUUUUCAGUAACCGCCAGUCGUCGGAGUCCAACCUUCAUGUAAUGAUGAUUGACAGAAAAAGAAUUGAAACUGCAUAA